UAUACCCCUCCCCCUUCUUCAAUAGUUUACUCUCCUUACCUGACUGUAAAGUGUGCUAUGCAGACACACCCGGCAAUCCGGCUACAACCAAUCACAGUAAAGAGAGAAACAUCCAAGAGGUGUACUUCCUGUGUUUGCUGAGAGAGGAAUGGGGCAGGAGAGAGCCGAGUGAGUUGGAAAACUUGAUUUAGGGGUCAACAACAGUUACUGAUCACGUCAGUGUGGGAGGGAAGAAAACCAAUUGAUUUGUGGGAUACAUUCGAUACCUCUGUUCAUUAUUAACAGUGUCUGUGGAGACAAGGCAGAGGGAAGCAGAGGGGGAAGAUAAGUGUCAAUCUGUUCAGACUUGUUUGGGAAUUUGUGCGGGACAGAGGGAGGAGGGGUGAAACAGAAAGAGACAGAGAAGAGGCAGGAGGGAGAGGCUGAGGCAUAAAAAUGUGCUUUCUUUUACCGAAGGGACAAACAGAAUGAGUAGAAAACAAAUACACAGAGAGACAGAUUUUCAGGAUUGAAUUGAAGUUGAAGUAGUAGUUCUGAGCUGGAGGGAGGAAUGCAUGUGUUACGCAAUACAUGUUAGUUCACAGUUCUGAAGUGAGUGAUACAGAGAGAAGGGAGACCAGAGCUCCCCAGCUUUAAAUUAGGCUCUGAAAAGCAUGUUACCAUGGGGACACGACGCCCCAGUCGGAUCCCCAUUGACAUAUUUAAUCCAUCCAAUCAAAGCACUUCUGACCGGAACCUUCAGCCAAUCAGCCGGAUCUCCCGCGAAACUAGUCCUAGACCUGGAACUAUGGACAGGCUGGAAACAGAGAGAGAGAGAAUAAGAGAGGAAGAAUGGAGGAGAGAAAGAGAAAUUAAGAGAUUGAAGGACAAAGCUAGAAAUAGAGAAAAAGAGAUGGAACCUGUACCAAGAGAGUGGAUGCGAGAGAAGGAUCGUGCACCUGUAUUCAGAGUAAGAGAGGAGGACAAGGAAUGGAGAGAAAGGAGAGAGUUAGAAAGAAGAAUUAAUGGAAGACAUACUUCUAAUCUGGAGGUCUGGAAGGACAGAGACAGAGAAAAGGAAAGUAAGAAAGGUGAUACAUUUCCUAGAAUGAACAGAAAUAUCAAAGACAAGAGAAUAAAUCCAUUUUUAGCAAAAGAUGUUGGGAAGGAAGGUGCAAAACUGUUAGUGAGACAAAAGGGAACAGAAAUGGAUGACCGAGACAGAGAACGAGAGAGAGCAGCGAAGAUACAGCGGUACAGAGAUGCAGAGAGGGACCUACUAAGGUACAGAGAGAGGGAGAGAGAGAAGGAAAGGGUAAGGGCAAAGGAGCAGGGAGAGAAAAAUGGAGGGAGGCCCAUGGAUGAUGAAACAAUGAGACGGAGGGAGAGGGAGAGGGAAGCUGUGCCAGGUUUUAGAGAGAGGAGAGAGAGGGACUCAGAGGGCAAUGACCUGUGGAGCAAAAGAGAGAGGUAUGUGGGGAGAGAGAGAGAGAGGCCAACAGUAAGGCAAGGUGAAAGGGAGGAUACAUUUACUUUAUUACCAAAAAGGAAAGAUGGGGACAAACAGAAUUCUUUGGAUAGAGAGGGCAGGGAUGGAAGGAGAGAAGGAAGUAGAGAGGGCCGGAGGGAAACUCGAAGUGAGGGAGACAGUGAUGAAGAGAAGAGGAGGAAGAGAGUGAGGGAUGACAACCGAGAAGAUAAAUAUAAAUAUAGUAAAAGUGAGGGGGACAAUGAUGGAAGUGCAGACCAGGAUAGAGUGAGGGAGAAAGAAAGGGAGAGACAGAGAUGGAGACAGGGGGAGGUGUACCAAGAGAAGGAUGGAGGGAGAGAGGCUGACAGACAAAGAGCCUGGGAUUGGGACAGAGACAUGGAGAGAAACAAUGAUAUGGAAAGGAAAAAACAGAGGGUUGUGGUGAGAGAAAGGGAUGGGGUAAGAGAGAAGGACGGGGGGAGAGAGAGGGACGGGAUGAGAGUGAGGGACGGGAGAGGGAUGGGAUGA